GGCCUGCCGGCCGGGCCGAGUAACUUGGGUCUCGAGCGAAUCAGUGUGCGAGUCUCUCUGCCAUUUGCGCGUCGGUACGCGACUCCGCGGUAGUGGUGAUACCAGAAUUCUACGCUGCUUACCGGUGCAUAGAAAACUCAAGCCUUAUUAUUAAGUGCGUUAGCUACCUAAAUACUAUAUCGACCACACGAUUAAAUUGAUCAGCAUGGCGGAUACAGAAACAAAGGACACCAAAGUUGCUACCACCCCAGAGAAGAAAGUUGUGGAAGAAGAAAAAAAAAUAGUUGAAGAUGAUGAUGAAGAUUCAAAGGCAUCUGAGAAUGGGGAAGCUAAGGAAACCAAAGAAAAUGGCUCGAAUGAAGAAAAAGAGUCAAAUGAAAAGGAAGCAGAAUCAACAGCAGAGAAUGGUGAUUCUACAGAUGCUCCUGUUGACAGCUGCUGUAUAAAAAGGAAAUCAACAACUUUAAGUGAUACAACAGAAGAUACUACCACUGAUGGUGCAAGUCCUGAAAAGAAAACAAAACUUGAAGAAAAGUGUGCUGAAACAGAAAGCAAUGGGGAAGCAGAAGCUACAGCCUAAUAUCUUUUACAUUUACUGCAGACUUAAUCUAUAGAUGGAAUUUUAACAGCUAACCGAUAAGUCAAACCAGCCAAAAUUUGUUAUACGUGCAUUAUCAAGAUAGACAAGCACUAAAAGAGAAACUUUAACAUUAUAUUAAUGACUUUCUGUGUUCAGACAUUUGUGUGUUUAUUGCAACCAUUUUCGUGAGUCUAAUUGGCAGUAACAUUGCGUAUAUCCAAAGCAUCACCAUACAUCUUUAUUUUAAAUUACUACCAUUCAUGUUUCCUAUGGUUUUCCACACUGACAUCCACAUACAUAUAUAUUCACUUAGUACUAGAUUUGUGAAGUAAGAAAGAUAUAAAUAAUAUUAGAAAUAAUAUAUUUCUGAUUCAUGAAGAUAGACGACGGUGUGGUGCUCGCGAAAGAUAUUCAUGGAAAGUAUUCCAUAUAGAACUUAUUCUUUCUAAUCCACAGACAUGAGUAUACAUAGACAUCUCAUAUCAGAUAUAGAAGAAACAAUAUUUUUCUGCAAAUAAAAAUACAUUCCUAAAACACAAUAUAUAGCUCACCCACAAAUUAUUAACAUUUAUUGACGAAAAUUAGAAAACGAAUUGUAUUUGUAAAUUCUGACAUAUUCGCAGUAUACGUAAUAUAUGUAUAUAUAUACAUAUAACUGAUGUACAAUUCAAUCCGUAACAAAUAGAUAAAUUACCACCAUGUAUUUAAAUACGUUAAUAUUAAUGCAAUAUAUAAUUUAAAUGGUUUACAAUUUAAAUUUUAAUUAUUUAAUAACAAGUCUGUACUUUAAUCAUCAAAAUUUACAUCAUAUCGUUUAGUAAUCCUUUCAUUGCAAUAGCACAUAAUGCAAUUCGGAAGUAACUUUCAAUGAAACACUUGACAAUAUGUAAUAACUUACGUUUGUAUGUAUAGAUAUGUUGGUGAGCAAAAACGUUUAAUGUUAAAUUUGUGGUAACAGCAAUCAAAUAUGCUGCAUUCAUAACUAAUGAAAAGUUACAUAUCAAAAUCUUCAAAUCUACGUGUGAUUAAAAUAUGGUAACUAUGUAUGUUUGUAAAAAAUAUAAAAGGUCAAAAAGCAAAAGCAAUUUAGUAUAUAUCAUUUAUAAUAUUAUACAUACAAUUGAUAUUAUAUUCUGAUAAAAACUUUUUUGUUACUUCUAGUACAAAUUAUUUUCAUACAAUCAGAAUCAUUGUGUAAUAUUAUUUCUUGUAUAAUGAAUACCUACAAUUUAGCAACGAUUGUUAAGAUUAUAUUAAAACAUGUUCAAUGACGAAAUAGUUGAUUUAAGAACAUUGUUAAUAUAUUUAUGUUAGACUUCUGUUUCAUGUAUAAAAGGGGGAAUAAUGCUAAACAAAAAAUUUUUGUACAUACCAUACAAAUGAUAUAUACAGAGUAAUAAAA